AAAGACUAUAUAAGAGUGUGCAUUUCAGUUAGAACUUAGUCAGUAACUGUAUUUCAAAAUCAAUAACAACAAUGCCUAAACUCCUAUUAGCGAUUGGUAUAGCUGUACUAACUAUACAGAUUGCAUUUAUCAACAAGGCAUAUGCCGACGAUAUGGAAGAGACAAUAGAAGAGUGUGUAAAGUCGCUUGGUCUACCCGAUAAUUACGUGGAAAAACUAAAAAGUCAACAAUUAAUAGAUGAUAAAUCACCCUGUUUUACUAAAUGCGUAAUGGAAAAAAGGGGACUAAUAGAUGGUGAAGGAAAAUUAAAUGUGGACAACGCAGAAAAGGAUAUCGAUUCCGAUGAAAAAGCCAGUCAGAAGAGCAAGGAAAUUGCAAAGAACUGUGUGCGUCACAUCACCACUAUGUCCAGCUGUGAAGAUACUUUGAAAUAUAAUGCAUGUCUUAGCCCUGUAUGGUGUUCUGAUGGCACUCUCGCUCACAGAAAAUAAUGUUAUAUAGAUACAUAAUCAACUAUUGUGCUUAAAAUUAUUAACUUUAAUAAUUUUUUUAUAUAUGCGAGUACAAUAGAUUAUAACUAUUCAAAAUGCAUUAAA